GCCCGAUUAAGCUCCCGGGCAGAAUCCCCACUGGCCAAGUUCCAUGCGACGCUAUUAUUCAAGUUUCCCGCCCUUUAUUGGCUUUAUUGGGAAACUAUAGUCCCUUUGUUCCAAUUCCCCCUCACCCUCUUAUCGCCCCUCCCGUGAAUCCAUAAAUCUCCAAAAUAAUCGUCAUUUUAUCAUCCACCACAAAUAACGCCAUAACCCCCCUUCCAUGCCGUAACACCGCCGCCGUCGCCGCACCUCAUCCACUCACUAACCCCCACAGAGCUACCCCCUGUCACACAGAUCUACACCAUGCAGUCUGAAAUUGCACCAUCUGACCCCUCGCACCCCCAACCCAGCGCCUCGCAACCACCACACACGACCCCCAACCCCUCCCCCAAGACCUCCUCCUCCUCUACUACCGGGGCUAAUAUAAGCUCGAUCCUCGAGACCGGCCGCCGCCGCAGCGAAGCCCUCGGCCUCGAAUCUACCUCGCGGCUCACAGAAGACGACGUCCAACGCCUCGCACAGCUCGACGGCAUACCUACAGACGCCCCAAUGGACGGCAGCAGCAGCACCGAUGAGCAUACUCCUGAUGAGCGAACGGCAAUCGUGGCUCGUGAGCGCGCGGCAAGAGCGAAUGGCGAUGGCGAUUAUGGGGCUACGACGGAGGGGACAAAGAAAGUACGCAGCAGGAAUAGUCAGCUUAGCUUGACGACGAGGACGGCGAGCAGGACAGAGAGUCAGAGCCAGAGCCAGAGUCGUCGGCGGCGAGGGUCGGCGGUUCAGACUCCGGUAAACGAUCAAGAGACGAAUGGGGGCCCGAGGGAGGAGCCGUGGUGGAAGAAACAGCUUGAGAAGUAUGGGAGCCUGGAACUAGAGAAUAAAGGGAGCGUGGCGAGGGAUCAUCUUGCCUUAGAACGCACUUUCCUCGCAUGGCUACGAACAUCCCUCGCAUUCGCAUCGAUUGGUAUAGCAAUCACACAACUCUUCCGCCUCAACACGACCAUUUCAGCCCCCGCAGGCACGACACCCGAGCCCAGUGCCUCGGCGAUACAUUUCCGCAGCCUGGGUAAGCCGCUCGGUGCUGCGUUCUUGGGGAUAUCGAUCGUGGUCCUCCUUAUUGGAUUCCACCGAUACUUUGAGGCGCAACACUGGGUUACGAAAGGCAAGUUCCCGGCGAGUAGGGGAAGUAUUGCCCUUGUGGCUGCGGUAGCGGGGGCCUUGAUGGUCACCAGCUUGGUUGUUGUUGUAGUAGUGGAGCCAAGAGCAAGGUAGAGGGUGGACGGAUGCGGGAGGGGAGGGGCCAUCAUUGUGAUACCAUUUUGCAUAUAACUCGGGAAAGUAGAAAGGGUGUGGCCUUUUGAAUAGCGUAACUGGUUUUCAAGUACUUUAAUAUCCAACGACAAGUAUUAUGGGGGUUAUAACUGGAGGGGUCGGAGGGGGACAAUUGGAAAGAUUCUAGUAGAGAAAAGCGAAAUGAUAUAAUUAUUGGAUACUCGAUGGGUGUUUCUGAGGUGCAGCAGUUACAUAAUUUGAGGCGGG